AUGAUCAGCGAGCAAUAUGAUACGACUAUGCUUGCGCACGAAUACCUGUGUCAAGGGAUUCAAAAACUUUUCGAAAGUGGCAUUACAUUUAACGCCGAUUGCGAAUCUCGUGGGAGCUCGUCUUCGUUCCAGCAGCCAUUCCGCAUGGUGUCAGCGACUCAUAGUUCGUCGCAACUCACUCCAGACUACUGUCAGACAUGUGUGCGAAGUGAGGAGAUUCGUGUUUGGAUGACGCAGUGCGACAGCGGCCGUAUGCGAUGCGCAUUUGAUCACAUGCGACCUAGCCGUGCCUCUGAAAUCAAGAGUACUACACCGAAUAACAACGCUCGGGACCCCACAGACGAGUUAGUGGAAACUUUCGCUCGUUUCGGAUCGCUGGUCGUGGAUUGGCCAAAUAAGAACGAGACCAAGAGCUACUUCCCGCCAAAAGGCUACGUCUUUCUGAUUUUUGAUCAUGAAACAUCGGUAAGGACCCUGGUCCAGCACUGCACAGUUGAAGACGAAAAACUCUUCCUUUUCAUCAGCUCACCGAUGAGCACCGAAAAACUCAAAGUUCAAAUCCGCCCAUGGCGUCUGGCUGAUGCUGACUAUCUAGUAGACGUUAACGUGCCAAUCAAUCUUCGUCGCGUAGUUUUUGUGGGUGGAGUUCCGAGACCAAUCAGAGCUGUUGAACUGGCACACAUUAUGGAUCGUUUGUACGGUAGUGUCGCUUGCGCUGGUAUUGACACCGACGUGGAAUACAAAUAUCCAAAA